AUGACAAGGACAGAAGAAGAAAAUCAUAGAGUGAUGCAAUCAGAUAUGCAUAAAGGGUCACAAAGUUCGUUUUUUGAAGCUGAAAUUGAACAUAUCUUGAACGAGGACGACGAAGUGACUAUGAUAACAAUUGAAGACGAAAGGAAACAGAAAAGUAAUGAAAACAACAAUGAUGAUGAUGAUGAUGAUGAUGAUGAUGAUGUUAUAAAUGAAGAAGAUAUAGAGAAUGACCAUGAUACUGAUGAUACAAAAUAUGAUUCGGAAACUAUGGCUACGACAAAUAAUAUGAGAAGUAAUUCUUCUAACUUAAAAAAUAAAAGUGAAAAUGCGAUUGAUAAUAAUAGUAAUAAUAAUUAUCUUAAUAAUUUUACUACAACAUCAUCAUCCAGUGUUAUUGAAUCACUACAUGAACAAAUUGAUGUAUUAACAAAUACAAAUUUAAAAUUAACUGUUCAAUCACAUAAUUUACUUGAAGAUUUAGAACAUUUUCAAAAGAAAGAAAUUAAAUUAAAUGAAAAUAUUUCACUUUAUAAUCAUGAAUAUGAAAACUUAAAUUUAAUGUUACAAAGAAAAGUUAGAAAAAUUCAUAGCACAGAAGAAGAAGUUAAUCAUAUCAAGGAGAAAUUGAUUUUUUUGCAGAAUGAAAAUGAAAUAUUGACAAAGAAAAUUUCUGAUAUGUCUUCUAUUACUAAUGACACGAAAUUAAAAAUUAAUAAUCUUAAGGAGAAAUAUAGUAUCUUAUUAGAGGAUCAUGAAAGUUAUAAAAGUUCAUGCCUUGAUGAAAUGGCUGAUUUAAGAAAUGAAAUAGAUCAAUUUAAACAAUCAGUGGUGACAGAUAUUGUUGAUCAAUCCGGAUCUAUUGAACCAAAAAUGAUGAAUGAAAAGAUUCAUCAAUUUAAGAAAGAUUCUGCUAUCGUUAAAGAGACUCAUUUAUUAGAUGAAAAUAUAAUUUUACAACAUCAAAUAAACUCAAUAGUAGAAUCCCGGAAGAUGAAAGUUAUGUUAGAUUUAUUUAAAAUAGGUAAUAACGUUGCCAUAGACUAUAAUAACCAGUCCGAAGAGACAAAUUUCAGUUUACCAGAUCAUAUUAAGGAUUCAAAUAUCCCGGAAACAUUGGAGAAGGAAUUGAAAUUAGGAGAUAAAAAAUCCCACAUUAAUUCUCGUCAAAUAAAACAACUUCACGAGGGUCCAUUAUCUAAUAGAUUACCCGGUGAUUUUAGCCCAACAUUAGGAAGGACAAGAUUGACCCCAAUAAUAAAUUCAGGUCCACGUACUAAUGCGAAUGUCAACACAAACUCAACUAAUAUCCCUAGUGUUAAUGGGAAUGCCACCACAAAUAACAAUAACAGUAACAACAAAAAUAGACGUAGUUUUUACUCAUCUAUAAGUGGUGGCCAACUACCAGGGACUCGUAUUGGAUCAAAUGGUGCUUUACCUGGUAUGAGAAAGACAUCCAACGAAAGAGAUACACCUCCUUUGGCCUCAAGUGAAAAGUUCAAUAGAACUCCGUCCGAGACUAUUAAUCCAUUUACAAAUAGAGCCUCGAAACAACUUGAACGCAGGAAACGAUAA